AAUUUACGAAGCAAGGAUUUCCCCCUUUCCCCCAAAUUCUGUUAGCUUUCUUUGUUUUCUGAGAGAAACCCAGAGCAAUCAAGAAACCAAAACCUCCAGCAUGAACCAAAACCAAAACCUUCACGAGAGAGUCAAUGUCGGGUUGCAAGGGUUCCGGGCCGCCCUGGAACUACUAGCGGAGUCGCUGCAGAUGAUCGCUGACGGCGUGAAUCAUCUUGAAGCCGAACCGCUUCACGGAGCCAACAUCGACAUCAAUCAGCCGGUGACUUUGGCCGCGAUUCGUGCCUGUAUGGGCUCCAUUGAGCAGUCGGGGAUCAGAAUCCGAGGCGCCGUGGAUGAUAUCAACUUUUUCAUCCCAACCCAACCGGACGUCCGCCCAAACUUUCCGGCGCAGAUUCGGGUGAUCACCGUCGCAAUGAGAAUGAUGGGCUCGUCGGCGUUGGCCAUCCACGGUUUUGUGGUGCAUAAUUCCUUCGGUCGCCGCGAAACACUAGGCGGCGUAUACUACCGGAUUCAACUUGGAUUGGCUCACCUCAAUAUGGCAUUGCUUGAGUUUCAAACAAACAUUACCAUUCUCCGCAGCCUCGAACCUCAGGGGUUUAUCUGGGAUGAUCUUCACUAUGAUUAUGAUCGCGAUGUUGUGCAAUAGUAAUCGGGCAAGAGUUGAAGCCGCUGCAUAUGCACAGCUCAAGUUGUUUUAAGCACAUCCGCACAUGUUACAAAAUCUGAUCUGUGAAAGUACAUCAUACUAUUACAGGCAUUUUCACAUAAACAGGCGAGGAGAAAAGGAGUCUGUACUCUGUUCCUAAAUAACAGGAAGUUCAGUCUCGUUUUAUUUUUGUAAGUUUAGUUACUAUUACUUGGAUGAAAUAACUUGAAGCAUGUUAAGACAAUCAUUUUACUAUUUUACUGAAUAUACAGAAGCAUGCACUUGAAGGAAAAUUAGCUUCUUCUCCAGGAAAUGAUGUUUGUGCAGGCUUUCGCCUAUUGCCAAUUUUUGGUC